GCACUGCAGCAACUGGAAGACAAGUUCCUGAGGGACAAGCCCUUCCUCACCAGCCAGCAGGUGACACUGGCUGACCUCAUGGCACUGGAGGAGCUAAUACAGCUUGUGGCUGUUGACCAUGACCCGUUUGAGAGACGGCCGCAACUGGCUGCAUGGCGUGAGCGAGUGGAAGCUUUCCUGGGUACUGAUCUGUGCCAGGAGGCCCAUGGUGUGGUCUUGAACAUCCUAGAACGGGCAGCCAACAAAAUGCUCCCAGAUCCUCCCCAAGACAUGCAACUGAGUAUGCUCUGGCGUAUUUCCCUCAUCCCCUGAGGGGUCUGGGAUGAGG